CUUCUUCACCGUUCUACUUCUCUCUCUUCUUCUUCUUCUUCUUCUUCUUCUUCUUCGUACGAAACCUCCUUUGCUUCAUCUUCAAGGUUUUAUCUUCCCCACCUGCUUACAUCUGAAGCUCAAGUUUUUUACUUCCCGGGAAAGUGACACAACCAAGAACUUGACAAGCUUAGUUGUGACGUUGGAAAGCUUAAUAAAAGAUACGGUUUCCCCCAAAGUUUCUUCUUCUUUCUCAAACGUGAAGAAAAAAACAGAGACACUAAAGACAGGGGAAUAUUUAAACUCGUCAUUUCAUAUUUGAUUUAAUGGAUUCAAAUAAUACACAUACUCAUCUUUACGACCCGAAUCACAUAUCUUCUUCUGGUUCCGGUGGUCUUCUUCGUUUUCGAUCAGCUCCCAGCUCUGUCCUCGCCUCUUUCGUUGACGAUGACAAGAGCGGCUUCGACUCCGAUAGGUUGCUUUCCAGAUUCGUUGGCGAUCUGGGUGGUUCACCUAAGUUCGACGAUAAAUCUCCUGUUUCUUUAACUAACACCUCUGUUUCAUACGCCGCCGCCCCUCUCCCGCCGCCUCUGCCUGAACCGUCGAGUUUUCUGGGUUUGCCGCCGCAUUACCCGAGACAGAGUAAAGGUAUGAUGAAUUCGAUUGGUCUGGAUCAGUUUCUGGGUAUGAGUAAUCAUCAUCACACGAAACCUGCUGAAUCCAAUCUUCUCCGGCAAAGCAGCUCGCCGGCCGGAAUGUUCACUAACCUCUCUGAUCAAAACGGUUAUGGUCCAAUGAGGAAUUUGAUGAAUUACGAAGAAGAUGGAGAGAGUCCAUCUAAUUCCAACGGAUUGAGACGCCAUUGCAGCCUCUCUUCAAGGCCACCUUCUUCACUGGGAAUGCUCUCUCAGAUACCUGAAAUCUCACCUGAAUCGAGUUUUCAAUAUAGCCACUGGAAUGAUCCAUCCAACUUCAUUGAUAACUUAACCUCUCUUAAAAGAGAAACAGAGGACGAUGGGAAAUUGUUUCUCGGAGCUCAGAACGGAGAGUCCGGGAAUCGAAUGCAGUUACUGUCGCAUCACUUGAGUCUACCGAAGUCAUCAUCUACAGCCUCGGACAUGGUUUCAGUGGAUAAAUACCUUCAGUUACAAGAUUCUGUUCCUUGUAAAAUUAGAGCCAAACGUGGUUGCGCUACACAUCCUCGAAGCAUCGCUGAACGGGUAAGAAGAACGCGUAUAAGCGAGCGAAUGAGGAAAUUACAAGAGCUUGUUCCUAACAUGGACAAGCAAACGAACACUUCGGAUAUGUUGGAUUUAGCUGUGGAUUACAUCAAAGACUUACAAAGACAGUACAAGAUUUUAAACGAGAACAGAGCUAACUGCAAGUGCAUGAACAAGGAGAAGAAGUCAAUAUAGGGCGAAACAAAGACAAAGUGUGUAGAUAGGACAGCAGCGAGAAGGAUAAGAAAGAAACAAUGUCAUGUCUGAAUAUGUUUUAGCCGAAACAGACCAAAUUGUCUAUGUAAGCUCUUGAGAAAAAUAGUAUACGCUUUCAACAAAAUCCUAAGCAAUAAAAUAGGACACCAUCUGUUCUU